CGCAAAGCACACAAAGAAAACCCACCACUCCAAGGCAGGCCCCAUCGGUCAUCGGCCACCACGCAGCAGCUCAGUCACCCCAAGCGCAACUGCUUCUUCCCGGAACGCACCUCGUCCGGUCCGGCAGGACGGAAACCCUUCUUCCCCUCCCAUCAGUCGUCGCCGCCCCGCAAGAAUCGACGCGAAUUAGGCCACCAUCUCCUGCCCUCCAGCCUCCUCCCCCAUCUCCUCCCUAUUUCUCUCUUCCUCCCCAUCUCGCAAAAUCCGCACCAGUAGGUAGGCACACCUGGACUCCGCUCCCCCUCCCAAAACCCUAGCGGGUUCCGGCCUCCCUGGCCAAUCCGAUCGACCGCUGCCGUGCGCAUUUGUUGAUCAGUCGAGUGCGAGGGUGAGCCGUGCUGGGUUUUACGGCCCAACAACCAAACGCAAACAGGUUUCCACACCCUUUCUCUCGUGGAGUCGUGUGGCAACUGGGUGACCGCGUAAUCCAGGUCCCUAGGCCUUCGUUGGAUCCUUCGCGGUCGACGAGCGCCCACCAGUAAUGGUGUUGCCAGUCUCAACAAGACGCUAUCAGCAAUUUCCUUUAGUACGAAACAAUGGAUUUCCUAGAAUUUCUAGAGUAAAAAUGACAUGCUUGGGAACAAACCAAAGUAACCAUCAUUCUAAUACCGUCGUAUCUUUAUCGCCUAGCCAUGGAGAUACCAGAAAGAUCCACCCUGUAGUCAAAAUGUGUGGCAUCACAUCAGCUAGAGAUGCAGAAAUGGCUGUAAAGGCAGGAGCUGAGCUUAUAGGCAUGAUACUGUGGCCCAACUCUAAACGCUCUGUCUCGUUAUUGGAGGCAAAAGAAAUAUCAAGAGUUGCACAAUCUUAUGGUGCUGAAUCAGUUGGUGUCUUUGUGGAUGAUAAUGAAGAGACAAUUCUACGUAUGUCUGAUUCAUGCGACCUUAACAUUGUCCAGCUCCAUGGUGAUGAAUCUCGUGCAUUGGUUCAUACUCUUUCAAAGAAUAAUCGUAUCAUUUAUGUACUAAAUGCUGAUGACAAUGGAAAACUAAUCAACACUCCUGAUAUAGAAUAUGAACUUGAUUGGUACUUAGUGGACAGUGCAAAAGGCGGAAGUGGAAAGGGAUUCAAUUGGCAGAAGUUCCAAAUGCCAUCUGUCAAAAGCAAGAAUGGAUGGCUAUUAGCUGGAGGGCUUCAUGCAGAUAAUGUUUGUGAAGCCUUUUCUGCUCUGAAACCAAAUGGUGUUGAUGUUAGCAGCGGCAUAUGUGCUCCUGAUGGUAUCCAAAAAGAUGCAGACAGGAUUAAUUCCUUCAUAAGUAAUGUAAAAUCCAUGAAUUUCUUAUCAUAAGGUCAUUUGAUUGUCAAGAGUUUAGUUUUAUUUCACCGUGCGGAGUCCCUGAAUUACUGCAACAUGAAGAGCUGUCAAAAUUGCUCUUGCGGCUGAGGGCAAAAAAGUGACUGAAUUUUUGAAGAGUGAACAUUAUGUAUCACCAUUUAUUGCGGAGUGUACCAAACUCUUUACUGUAACCAGAAGGCAAGAUGUUGAAAUUGCGCUUGAGGCUAGGGAUUGCAUUUCUCAAUGUCAGUAUUACAUGUAUCACGGAUUGUAUUUGUUUCUACUAUAAUAACUGGAUUUUGUAUGCAUGUCCAGUCCAAAUGCAAAAAUAAAAAACAUAUUGUACCAUUGACAAAAUUCCUGCAGUAAAGGAUAUUAUCGGUUA